AUGGCGUCCCCUUACACACCCGUCAAUCGGUUUCUUGAAGGUAUCAAUACCACAAACCUCGAACUAAUGUUGAGUGCUUUUGCAUCGGAUGCUGAGGUCAUCGAUGAUGGAAAGUCUUUCACUGGAGAUGCAAUUACGGCCCUGUGCGAACAUGGUAUCAUCGGUCACCAGGGACGAGUCAAAGUGCUGGAGCAAGCGGUUCAAAAUGACGGCAGGACGCGCACCCACAUCAUGAUGGACGGAGAUUUCGGGAAGGAAUUUGGUAUUCACGAACCUUUCGACCUGUUCCUUGUCGCCACGGUCAAAAACGACAAAAUAAUACAUCUUAAUAUGGGCGAUGUCGAUCCCAAUAAACCGACGAUGCGGGCGGUCUAUGCGUCGGUGGCCAGCCCUCAAGAUCCGUUGUCAUCAGUCCGGGUGGGCCUAAGAAAUCUCCCAGAGCUGAGGGAAGGAUGGGUCCGGGUCAAGAUGCAGGCGGUGGGAUUAAAUUUCCACGACAUCUUCACCUUGCGAGGAAUGCUGAUGCAUGAGAUCCGCUAUCCAAUGAUCUUGGGUAAUGAAGGUGCCGGGGUGCUUGAGGAUGGGACAGAGAUUGCCAUCUAUCCAGUCAUGGGUGAUCCCGACUGGAAAGGGAACGAAACAAUUGAUCCACAAAGACAUGUAUUCGGCGAACUUGUCCAAGGGAACCUCGCUGAGUAUGCCAUGAUCCCCAAACGAAACGCUGUGCCGAGACCCAAAGGGCUAGAUGCGAGAUCUGCAAGCGUGAUGGGGAUUGCCUGGCUCACAGCUUACCGCAUGUUGUUCACCCAGGCAAGAGUCAGAGCCGGCCAAACUGUUUUGGUGCAAGGAUCAUCCGGCGGCGUGACGACGGCGCUGAUCCAGAUGGGCUCUGCCGCCGGCCUCCGAGUAUGGGCAACCGGCCGGGCGAAAGCGAAACGCAAUCUCGCAACCUCGCUUGGUGCGGAAAGCACGUUUGAGCCUGGCGCAAAAUUGCCAUAUCUCGUGGAUGCUGUGUUCGACACAUCGGGAGCAUCGACGAUAUCCCACUCUUUAGCCUCUGUAAAACCAGGUGGAACGGUUGUGUCUUGCGGGAUUCAUUCGGAGGGCGCCUCGACAGACAUCACGAUCAACCUUAUGCAUCUGAUGGCAAAUCAGAUUACCUUGACGGGGGUCUAUACGGGCACGCGGGAGGAGUUUGUCAACCUGCUGGAUUUUGUGGCCACUGCCGGUAUCAAGCCGUAUAUUGGCAGAGUGCUGCCUCUGGAGGAGGCUGCUGAGGGGCUGAAGGAUAUCUGGGAAGGCAAAACGAAUGGGAAAAUCGUCAUUGAGAUGGGGAAGUGA